UCGGUCACGCGCAGUUCUGGAGUAAGGCUGCUUCUUUGAAAUUGACAAAAAAGUUAAAAGAAACUCAAGAUUAUUCGCAUUUUUACAAUCAACAACAUUGCUACCUAGCAGAGGACACACUGGAUACAAGAAAACAGCCCGAUAGGUCCGAUGAUGAGACCCCAGAUCUAGAAGUGACCGGUGAGGCAAGAGGUCAUGAGGAAGCAGGGGCCCAGAGUGUUGUAGCUGGCCAAGAGAGCAUGCCCAUGGCUGGGAGAGCUGAGUUAGGGCAGCCCCAGAGUCCCUUGUCUUGGCUUUGCAAGGUUGUGAAGUACAGGGACUCCUUCAUUGUAGAUUCCCAGACGCAGGAGGGAGCGUCCAACCCCUCUGAAACCCAGGAAAAGAGGAUUGCCCCAGAGACGGAACCAAGGGCUGAAGAGAGAGAGGUAGGGACCCAGACUGUUGUAGCUGGCCAGGAGAGUGUGCCUGUUGCUGGGAGAACUGAGUUAGGGCAGCCCCAAAGCCCCUUGUCUUGGCUUUGCAAGUUUAUGAUGCACAGGAACAUUUUAGAUUCCCAUACGCAGGAGGGUGAGGAGGGGGCGUCCGACCCCUCUGAGGCGGAGGUGGAAGACGCCAUCGCUGCUGUGCAGUUCCUGAUGGACGAGUUUGGAGUGGACCUGGCGUGCGUGAUGCAGAGCUUGCUGAAGAACAGCGGUGAUUUCCAGGCUGUGCGGCACUACCUGCGCACCGGCCGCAGAGCGGACGGGAGACCCCUCUGGACACGGCACGACGACCUGGCUCUGCAGUCAGGAGACCCCGCCACAAAACAGGCUCUAAUACUCAAGUAUGGAGAGGAAAACGUGGCCAAGAGGGUGGCAUUUUUCAAUACCUGACCUGCAGAGGGAUUAAAGGCUGUUUUUGCUCUUGUUGUUCUUGUAUGUUAAUAAAAAUAAAAAAUAAAAAACACUCUGAAAUGGUUCACAUUUUUCAGUGCAGUUUGGAAACUGGAUUGUUUUGGUUCAGAUUUAAAAAA